AUGAAAAGAGAAGUGACUCAGCGAUUUCAAGUAAAUUCAACAAAAGAAAAUAACGAGUAUAAUAUCUCUUAUCAAUAUUACCAGGAUAAUUAUGAUAACUUCAAUAACUUUGAUAGCUUCGAUAGCUUUGAUAGCUUUGGUAAUUCUGGUAAUUUUAAUACUGUUGACAAUGAAGUAUAUGAUUAUUCAAAAGAUAACCCAAUACGAGGUGUUAAUAUUGGAGGUUGGUUACUUGUGGAGAAAUUCAUAAAUACACAACUUUUCUCAAGAAAUAAUUUUCCGUAUAGUAUACCUAGAGAUGAGUUUCAUUUUUGUCAAGAAUUAGGUCAGACUAGUUGCGGUGAACUUCUUGAAGCUCAUUAUGCAACAUUUAUAACUGAAGAUGAUUUUAGACAAAUGAAGGAAUAUGGCGUUAAUCUUGUUCGUAUUCCAAUUGGAUAUUGGGCAUUUGAAAAGUUAGACAAUGACCCUUAUUACAAAGGCAGCCAGGAAAUUUAUCUUGAAAAAGCACUAUCAUGGUCAAGAACUUAUGGAUUGAAAGCUUGGAUAGAUUUUCAUGGUGCACCAGGGUCGCAAAAUGGUUUUGAUAACUCAGGUUGUGCUGACCUUUACGAAUUUUCGACUAAAAACAACACAAACACUUCAAAAUUAAUUCUAAAACGAAUAUUUGAGAAAUAUGGCAGCCAUGCUUAUAGCGAUGUUGUUGCUGGUAUUGAGUUGUUGAAUGAACCAAUAAUUUCGGAGCAAUCCAUGAGCGAAGACCACCUUAAAGCUUUUUAUAGUGAUGUUUAUGGAAUUUUAAGAAACAAAACAGAUGGUAUUAAUAACAUAAUAUUACACGAUGCUUACAAGUACCUAGGGUUUUGGAAUGAUUUUAUGAAUGAUGAGACGUCCUACACUAAUAUUGUUUUUGACAGUCAUUUUUAUCUAUUAUUUGAUGAUAUUUACAAAACAAUGCCCUACAAUAAAAAACUAAAUAAAAUCUGUUCUUGGGGGGAUGAUUUAAAAAAAGUCACCACUCAUAAAUAUGUUGCUGGUGAGUUUACUGCUGCUUGGGACACCGAUGAAAACUCAUUGUACAACCAAGAAUUUUAUUAUUGGACUGAUAAUAUGAAAAUAAAAACUAGAAAGCUUAUUGAAAAUCAGUUAAAUGCUUUCGAAUAUGGUGGUUAUGGUUGGAUAUUUUGGAACUGGAAAAUGGACAGCUCAGUUCAGUGGAGCAUGCAAGACUUGGUAAAAUAUGGUUUAUUUCCUCAACCAUUCACUGAUAGGAAAUACGAUUCCAACUGUGUCUUUUAA